UCUAAAGUCAUGGGUGGGUAACUGCUCGAAUGGAAGAGCAGAGAAGGGUGUUAAACUACAACCUCCUCUUCCUCUGUGUGAUGAAGCCUCUCCUUUGCGCUGCAGGUAAAGAAGAGUGGAUCUCGUACUCCCAGUGGAACCAGCAGCUCCAGCAGGCCUUUGAGGCGGCCUACUGGGUGUCUGGGGACGACCCCAAUGAGAAGCACCCUGACCUGGUGCACAAGAAAGGCAUCUAUAAGGACAGCUAUGGGGCCUCUAGCGCCUGGUGUGACUACCAGCUGAGACCCAACUUCACCAUCGCCAUGGUGGUGGCUCCAGAGCUGUUCACGGUGGAGCGGGCCUGGAGCGCUCUGCAGGUGGCUGAGAAGAAGCUCCUGGGACCCGCGGCUCUGUCCCAAGGCUCCAUGAGUGACAUGGUGUACUGCGGUGUGUAUGACAACGCUCUGGACGACGACAACUACAACCUGGCCAAAGGCUUCAACUACCACCAGGGGCCGGAGUGGCUGUGGCCGGUGGGUUACUUCCUGCGUGCUAAGCUCUACUUUGCCAAGAAGCUGGGAGAGGAGAUCUACGCUGAGGCCGUGACGCUGGUGAAGAACGUCCUGUCUCAGCACUACACCCACCUGGAGAGGUCUCCAUGGAAGGGUCUGCCGGAGCUGACCAAUGAGAAGGGCCAGCACUGCCCGUUCAGCUGUGAGACCCAGGCCUGGUCUGUGGCCACCGUGCUGGAGGUCCUCUACGACCUCUAAACGCCCCCUGAAGGGAGCAGCCCUACUUCCUGGAGUAGGCCACUGUAGACACAUGGCUUGUAGACGCACACAGAACCACACACACACACACACACACACACACACACACGCUCAGUCCACUGGCUCUAGUCACACUAGAUAGGUGACGCGAGGGGUGGUUCCUCCUUCCCUCUCGCUGGGUUCACUGCUACCCUGCCCACCGCCUGCCAGGAGCUCCUGAGGCUCCCCUCCCAUGUGGUAGUCCCCUCAGUCUGUAACGGCCCCCAGGGGCCCUCUGGCAUCACGUCGCCAUGUUGAGAGCUGCGUGGAGGCAACCCCUCAGUCAGAGCUAUGAUCUGAAUUACAAAUGUAGCACCAUGGCACAUGUGUUAGCUUGAAUCCCUUCACUGGUAGGGUUGGGUUAGAGGUUAGAGGUUAUCCUCAUAACUCUACUCUAUCCUCAUACCUCUACUCUAUCCUCAUAACUCUACUCUAUCCUCAUACCUCUACUCUAUCCUCAUACCUCUACUCUAUCCUCAUACCUCUACCCUCAUAACUCUACUCUAUCCUCAUUACUCUUCAUUAAGUUCAUGAAUGUUACACACGUGUUAAUAUGUAAUAUGUCAGAAGUUCACCGUGAAGCAUGAACUAAUCCUACUGAAGCAGAAAUAUGAAAUACACCUAAUUGAAAGCGAGCGUUUGUGUUCUUGAGUUGCUGGCAGCAGAUGGAGAACCCGUGUUCCUCGUCUCUCCCAUCGUGAUGUCUCUGCAUGUGAAACCUGUUGCAGCUCAUUAAAGGAUGUGACUCCA